AUGGUUACGAAGAAAAGCGUUGACAUAGAAAAGGAAAAACUUGCGAAAAACAUGUACUCCGGCUCCAACAGUGGCGCCACGGGUCUUCCGUCAAAGUCGUCCAGUGCGGGAGGAACCAGCGGUGGGCCGUGUAACGCGGUAGUAAGCUUUAGCGCCACCACCAUGGCCAACAGUAGCCAUAUGGUGCAACAGAUUCUACCGCACGGUCAGGAUGCGCCCAACAUUCUGGUGUACAAAAAGAUGGAGGCUAUCGUGGAACGGAUGCAAACCGAAGGAACUGGCGUGUCAGUGCGUACGGUGAAGGCCUUUAUGAGCAAAGUUCCGUCAGUGUUUACCGGGGCGGAUCUCAUCCAAUGGAUCAUGUCCAACCUAACAGUGGACGACAUCAGUGAGGCGCUGCACCUGGCGCAUCUGCUCGCCUCACACGGAUAUCUUUUCCCGAUCGAUGACCAUCAGUUGACGGUGCGGAACGAUGGUACGUUCUAUCGUUUCCAGACGCCGUACUUCUGGCCGUCUAACUUUUGGGAACCGGAAAAUACCGACUACGCCAUCUAUCUCUGUAAGCGCACGAUGCAGAACAAGACACGGCUCGAGCUGGCCGACUAUGAGGCAGAGAAUCUGGCCAAGCUGCAGAAGAUGUUCUCGCGCAAAUGGGAGUUUAUUUUUAUGCAGGCGGAAGCGCAAAGCAAGGUCGACAAGAAGCGGGACAAGCUCGAGCGUAAAGUGUUGGACUCGCAGGAACGGGCGUUCUGGGACGUUCACCGACCGAUGCCGGGUUGCGUCAACACGACCGAGAUGGACAUCAAGAAAGCGUACCGAAAGGGGGCUUCAUCGCUCGGGUCUGGAUCGGCCGGUACUGCGGCGCACAGCAACCCGGCAGAAACGAUGGCAAAAACGAUCACCCUGCUCAAGCAAAAGCUCGAUAGGCGCACGAUCAAAGUUUCGAAAGUGGCCGAAUCAUACAUCUCGUACUAUGAACAGUAUAGCGAGUUUGACUAUUUUCUAUCGGCACCGGAUCAUCCCAACCCAUGGCAAACGGAUAACACCGAAUUUUGGGAUGCGGAAAAACUCGGGAAGGACAUUCCGAUGAAACGCGUCAAACGAUGGGGCUUUAGCUUACGAGAAUUACUGAAUGAUCCGAUUGGUCGCGAGCAGUUUACCAAGUUUCUCGAUAAAGAAUUCAGCGGUGAAAACUUAAAAUUCUGGGAAGCGAUACAGGACAUGAAAGCUUUACCGCAGUCUCAGAUAAAGGAUGCCGCCCAGGCAAUCUGGAACGAAUAUCUCGCACCGGAUGCUGCCUGCCCGGUAAAUAUCGACUCCAAGUCGCUGGAGCUGGCACGGGAGGUGGUGAAGGAAGGGGCCGCACAGCCGAGCCGCUGGUGCUUUGAUGUCGCAGCCGAUCACGUGUUUUAUCUGAUGAAGAGUGACUCCUAUUCGCGCUUCCUUCGUUCCGAUAUGUACAAAGACUGUCUGAACGGCUCAAAGAAGAAGACAUCCGUCAAAGGACUUCGAAUAUUUUCUGGAAGAAAAGAUACGCCUGUGAUAAAUUAA